GCGCCGAUUGGCCGAGCCGCAGGCACCGCCCCCCGCGAGGCUGAGAGGGCGGGUCACGUGGGGGUGGCGGGGGCGGCGGGAGCGGCGGAGCGGAGCGGCCAUGAAGCACUACGAGGUGGAGAUCCUGGACGCGCGCACCAGGGACAAACUGUGCUUCCUCGACAAGGUGGAGCCUCAGGCCACGGUGGCCGACAUCAAAAACCUGUUCAGCAAGAGCCAUCCCCAGUGGUACCCCGCGAGGCAGUCCCUGCGCCUGGACCCCAAGGGGCGCUCGCUCAAGGACGAGGACGUGCUGCAGUCGCUGCCCGUGGGCACCACGGCCACGCUCUACUUCCGGGACCUGGGGGCGCAGAUCAGCUGGGUCACGGUGUUCCUGACGGAGUACGCGGGCCCCCUGCUCAUUUACCUGCUGUUCUACUUCCGGGUCCCCUUCCUGUACGGGCCCCGCUACGACUUCACCGCCAGCCGGCACCGCGUGGUCCACCUGGCGUGCUGCUGUCACUCGUUCCACUACAUCAAGCGGCUGCUGGAGACGCUCUUCGUGCACCGCUUCUCGCACGGCACCAUGCCCCUGCGCAACAUCUUCAAGAACUGCACCUACUACUGGGGCUUCGCUGCCUGGAUGGCGUAUUACAUCAACCACCCGCUGUACACCCCGCCAGCCUACGGUGACGAGCAGGUGAAGCUGGCGCUGGCCGUGUUCCUGUUCUGCCAGCUCGGGAACUUCUCCAUCCACGUGGCCCUGAGGAACCUGCGGCCGGCAGGCUCCAAGACCCGGAAGAUCCCGUACCCCACCCGGAACCCCUUCACCUGGCUCUUCCUGCUCGUGUCCUGCCCCAACUACACCUACGAGGUCGGCUCCUGGAUUGGUUUCACCAUCAUGACCCAGUGCCUGCCCGUGGCGCUGUUCUCGCUGGUGGGCUUCGUGCAGAUGGCGAUCUGGGCCCAGGGCAAGCACCGCAGUUACCUGCGCGAGUUCCGCGACUACCCGCCGCUGCGCUCGCCCAUCGUGCCCUUCCUGCUGUGACACCGCGGGGACAGCGCGGGGACAGCCCUGGGGACAGCCCCCACCGUGCCCUUCCUGCUGUGACACCGCGGGGACAGCGCGGGGACAGCCCUGGGGACAGCCCCCACCGUGCCCUUCCUGCUGUGACACCGCGGGGACAGCACGGGGACAGCCCUGGGGACAGCCCUGGGGACAGCCCCCACCGUGCCCUUCCUGCUGUGACACCGCAGGGACAGCCCUGGGGACAGCCCCCACUGUCCCCUUCCUGCUGUGACACCGCGGGGACAGCCCUGGGGACAUCCCUCACUGUCCCCUUCCUGCUGUGACACCGCAGGGACAUCCCCCAUUGUCCCCUCCCCGCUGGCACAUCCUGGGACACCCUGGGGACACCGUGCUCUGUGCUGUCCCCUCCCUGCUGUGACACCUUGGGGACACCAUGAUGUGUCCCUGCCAGUCCAGCCCUGAGCCUUGGGGACAAUGAGGGGACAGGGGACAUGAGCCCCUUGUCACCCUGGUGUCACAGCAGGACAUGGGCAUGUGGCCCCGCUGUCCCUUGUCACCUCCAGGGUGCCAGCCCCGGUGUCACCUCCCUGGUGGCAGUGUCCCCUCUCUGGUGGCAGUGUCACCUCCAGGGUGCCAUCCCUGGUGUCCCCUCUGCAGUGGCAGUGUCCCCUCUCUGGUGGCAGUGUCCCCUCUGCAGUGGCAGUGUCACCUCCAGGGUGCCAUCCCUAGUGUCCCCUCUCUGGUGGUGGUGGUGUCACCUCCCCAUGUCCCCUGCCCAGUGCCACCCCCUCCCCCUGUCCCCACUGGUGACAAUAAAUGCCAUCCCCCA